AUGGCAGCGAGAGGGAAAGCCGCCACGAGCGCAAAGCGGCCGGCGCAAACGAAAACGACGGAUGCGCGUUCUCCCAAGGAGGAGGCCACUUUGGCCACUCAAGUCAUCAAUGAGACGCUCAAGUCCUUGGGGGAAGCAGCCAAAACCCCCACAUCACAAAACAAUAAUAGACAGACGAAGCCUGCCGAACGCGGCGCGCUCAGACGAUCGAAUUCGACACCGAUGACGCCCCUUCAGCCGCGAUCUCUUAAUAGGGUGUCGACAUCUCCUUCUGUCACGAAACCCGCCUUGCCAGUGGCAGGGUCCGGGUGUCUUGCCACAGUCGAACGCGCGCGCGCAGCAUUUGCGACCCUGAGAACGCUGUCCAGUGCCGGAAAAGUCACACUUCCCGAGCUACAGUUAGAAUCUGGAAUGUCAUCGUUUAUCAACAAAUUGAUGGCGCUGAACCUUUUCGAACAUGCAUUCAAGGAAUUGCGACUCCUCAAACGGCGCCUGGAGGGAAGGACGCUAGGUGCGACCAGCAAGAGUUCAAAAGCUACAGCAGCGGAUGCUACAACAGCCAAAGCCCUGACAGACCUAUUCGAUUAUCCAGAAAGCAGUGCUUCUGGAGCGGUACUCGCCUUGAUCAUUUCCAGCCAACUUCAGGCCCUACGCCUACUACAUGGAAUGAAGAAAUCAAGGUUAUUGGAGGAUGUACUUCCAUUUUUGGCCGUCAGCAGUCCAUCUUCGCCGCUAUCGCUUUUGUUAUCAAGCGCAAAAGAAGAAAAGAGCGAUAGUUCGAAAUGCGCAAGGCAGUUGGAUAGUUUAGCACACAUCCUGCUGUCACUAACGCCGAGCGUCUCAUCACAGGAGGAUGCUUUGGCUACGGACCCAAAGCUAAGCCCUUCAGCCGAGGCGGCAUUUCGAGCUCAGGCUCUGGCGUUAUUAACUAGGCUUCAUUCUUGGGCGCUGUCUGGCCAAAAGGGUAGCGUUGAUGAUGAUAUCCUCCUCCCCCUCUCAAAGUGCUUAUUAGCCUUUUCUCGGAGGAGUACUUCAGGACCUGCAGACAAACUUAACACAAUCAACUCGGUUUUCAACCAGUUAUGGGAGAAAACGGAAUCAAUGGGCCUCAAGCCCUCGCAGGUUUCCAAGUCACCACUACCGACAAUCUAUCAAGUACUUGGUACAGCAUCGCGAGAGGCCGGCAAACUCAGAGAGGCAGCAGCGUGGAUGAAAAAGUUGAAGGAAAUAACGACUCCCGAACAGGACUCCCCAGCGAGGUGCUGCGCCGUGACUUCACAGUUCAUUACUCUUUUGCUGAAGCAAUCGCCGCCGACUGCAGACCUUGACCUACUCACAGAAGUCAUUGAUGGACUUCAAGGGUCACUGAGUGGCAGUUCUACUGAGCUGGACGACCUUCUCGUCAGUAUCUGUCAACUGCGCAGCGCCGCGAUCAACUUGGCACUGGGUAAUUCGAAACUUGGCAAGGUUCCGGUACCAUUGCGAGAUUCCCUCGAAUCCCUGAUUCUUCAGCUUCCACGCUUCACUUCCAGGUGGCUUGGAAAGCCACCAGCCUCGAGCAAUUCAGCCAAGGAUAUGGUGCGCUUUGAGCAGCGGCGGCAAUUGCUCUCGAGAUAUAUCCCGACAGUGCUUGACUCGGCCUUGGUCUUAAUCAAGGACCUGCUCGACAGAAAGAAGAUGCCCUGGGCUUUGAUGGACUCUGUACUACAGGAAAUUCUAGCUGUCCUUGACAACAUGGGUGAUCUGGCUGUUCUGCUUUCCAAGAGCAAUGCGACUGCUGCUUCUUAUCACGUCAAGGUGUCUUCGUUUUACUACCAACAACACGUCAUAUUACGCGAGGAAAAGGAUAACCAUUUCUUGAGGGCCCUUCGAAGAUCAAUUGAUGCUGUCAAGCAGAGACCAGAGGCGGAGCAGACAAAGGCACAAUUACAACUCAAGCAGGAACGCCUGGCUGAGUUGUACCGAUCAACGGGCCGCAAAGAGGAUGCUGCUGACGCUUUGCGAGCCGCCAGAGACUCCCUAGUCCAGGAAGGCAUCACCCAGCAAGUUUUCGAAGCACUGUCGCAUCAGACCGUGCUACAGGCUUGGGCCUCAAGCGACAAGACUGUAUCUCUAUCAAGGUCAGUGUGCAGUCUCGCUAAGUUGGAUGUCACUCCUAGCGACUGGACUGGGCUCUUGCCUGAUGCACAAAAGUCGUUGGCCCUGGAGCACGAUUUUUACUUCAUCUACUUGGUUGACUCAAAGCGUCGCAAGCAACUUGCACCAGGCGAGCCAUUCAUUGAAUCGCUUCUUGGAGCCUUUGACCGACAGAUCCACCCCAUCAGACGUCUUCGAAUACUGUUGCAGCUAUUGUCCACUAAUUUGGACUCUCGAGACGCGGUCAGGGUAUGGAUGGAAGAGGCGGAAGCAUUAUCAGAAGCCAUUGACAAUACCUCGUGUGAACAAGACUCCGGCCUGGGCCGUUACAUACCUCAUCUGAAGUCCUUGACCGCUUGCAUCAGUGCAUUAAUGCAUUGCGAACCCGGUGCGGCAGCGGUCGAGCAGGCCUUGCAGACUUGGAACGAAGCAGUGCAAAGAUCACAGUCAGCAGGCGAUAUCAACGAAUACAUCGACAGUCCAACUCAGCUCAUCACAGUCCUUCAGGGACUUGCCGACUUUGCACGGAUGAGGGGAAUGAGUUCACUUUUAGGGUCAACUUUGAAACUCUCAACAGCAGUCUCUCGAAUGGUCUGCGAAGCUAAUCCAGAAUUAUUCAUGUCACAAAUUGUGGCUCUCAGUCUUCAGCAUCUCAGUCUAGGCCAUUCUCAGAAGGCUGCCGAGUUGCUAAAGACUGGUCAAGAAUUCCUGGCGCAAAGAACACUAUCGCCAGACUCUAUGGCCAACUACCAUCUUUGUUCUGCCGAGUACGAAAUGUCUAUUGGUAACUUUGAGCGCGCCGAGCAAUGCCUCAGCCAGGCGCACACCUUUGCCACCGCGCAGGCCUCCGAAAAGCCUACCAAGAGUAGCCGAUUCACAAGUAAGAUGUUAGUGGCAUACGCAUCUUUCCUCCAUUCGCUUCUCGCCCUCGAGCGUGGGCAAUCUCAUCAUGCAUUACACAAUGCAAAGACGGCUGUACGCGUGCUUUUUCACGACUGGACGAGACUGGAGGCUCUGAGAAGUUCUCUACCCGAGCACAACGAAGACGCCUCUCACUCACAUCACUCACAACUGUCCGAAGAUGAUGCCAGCUUCAACAAUUCACAAUGUUCGCAGCUCGAGUUCGCUCGUGCGAGCACAGGACCAGAAUUCUGGGCAAUUGUGUAUCCCUUGUUCCGAUUUGUCACGAGGCUUUCCACAAUUUACGCCAACAUUGGAAUGUAUCAGGAGACGAUCUAUUAUGCUGAGCAAGCAUUGAGAAUUGCGCUUAGUACCGAAUCUCCAAGCCAUAUUUCACAAUCUCGGUACUGGCUGGCACAUGUAUUUAUGAAGGCCGGCAACCAAGACAAAGCGCUCGAACUAGCUGCGCAAGUCAUGGAGUCAUUGCCUACUUUGGAUCCGACUUGUGCUGUAGUGGACAUGACUUGCCAGCUGAGCCGCAUUUAUCGCCAAGCAUCAGAACUCGAUACCGAAGCCUACUUGUUGGCCAUGGCAGAUUCUGUGCUGAACAACCUUGAGGAGGGCAGCGGAGACAAGAAACCCCUUGAAAUUGAAACGAAAAUGGAGGCGCUCACUAUCCAAGACAAACCAGCGCCUAAAUCAUCUGCGAGGCAAACGAAAACUAGAACGACAGCACCAACCAGGAAAACUACUUCGAAAAAGCUGGUCCCAGCCAAGCAAAGGACCCUGGUAGCGGCCAAGGUACCCAAGGCUCCUCAAGAUGUGCAGCUCACCUUCCUGCGCGCAGCGAUGCUGCAGCACAAAUCGUCCUCUCUACUCGACGGCAAACAUUGGGAGCAGGCCGUUGCCUCGCUCGAGACCGCAAAUGAGCUGUCCAAACUCUCCACCGAUAUUGUUCAGGAGAGACUACUCAGGGCCAUGGCGCUUAUCGGGCAAAGUUUGGAGCUGAUGGGAAGAGAUUCGGUGUUUUCUGUGAUCCAAGACUCAACUCUGUCGUUUCCAGCAGUGGCUACUGUAUCGACCGCCAAGGAAAAGGCCAGCCCCCGCGAUAGAUCUACCUCGCCACGAAAGGGACGUGCUGCUUCGAACUCUGUAGGCUUCCUCGCCCAUCUGCAGCAGGCUCACGAUUGCCUGAUCGAGGCACAUUCGAUUGCUAGUCUUAAUGGCGAUGCUGGACUUGUGUAUCGCAUUGCUGCACUGUUGCAAAAUGUUUUCAUUCUGCUCUCCACGACAAGCCCAACCAAGUCCUCUGGCAUUGGCCAUCCUGCUCAUGCCACAUGUUCCAUUGAGCUGGCACGCAACUUGGUGUGGCGUCGAGAACGAAAGACCCUUCGCGUGGACCAUAACAAGUCAGAGAAAGCAGAGUGGCCUUUGUUGCAACAAGCCACAGAUCCGAGGAGGUCAAGCCUUGGAAAUUCCAUGGAUAUGACACGGUUCCAGCGGGAAUUCGUGGACAUCAUCCCCAAGUCGUGGAAUGUUGUGUCCAUAUCUCUGAGCGAUAACAAGCGCGAUCUCUGUAUUACCAAGCUCCAAGCCGACCACAGUCCAUUCGCCAUUCGUCUGCCCCUCGAACGUGCCAACUCUAGGGACGCAGAUUCUGACGUGUUUGACUUCCAACAAGGACGCGCCGAGAUGUUGGAGAUUGUGAAGGAGGCCAACAGAACAUGCCACGAUGCCAGGGACAUGAACAACAAGGGAGCCAAGUCCGCAUGGUGGGCUGAGCGACAGGCUCUGGAUGAGCGCAUGAAAGCCCUCCUCGAUGACAUUGAACACACCUGGCUUGGUGGGUUCCGAGGCAUUUUUGCACAGCACCGCCGAACUGAACUGCUUGCAAAGUUCCAGAAGAGUUUCCAGAAUGUCCUCGACAAGCACCUUCCUUCCAGACGACAGGUUCGCGGCAAGCGCACCAAGGCAGCGGCUACGACGGGUAAGGUCUCGUUGGACCCCAGAAUCUUGGACCUCUUCAUUGGACUCGGAGACGCGACGAUUCCCGAGUGCGAUCUCGAUGAGCCUCUAAAUGAUCUGCUAUACUUCGUAGUGGAUAUUCUACAAUUCCACGGGGAGCGUAACGCAUACGACGAGAUCGACUUUGACGUCAUGGUGGUUGAAACUUUUGAUGCCUUGCGUUCCUAUCACGCUGCGGCUAAGAAUAACAAUCACAGCGAUGAGCAUACUCAUACCGUUUUAAUAUUGGACAAGGCUCUACACAUCUUCCCCUGGGAGUCGUUACCUUGCACACAGGGAAUCGCCAUGUCCCGAGUGCCAUCGCUAGCCUGCUUACGCCGUUCCAUCCUGGAGCAGCGUGCUUCCCCGGUCCAGUGCUUUGAGUCCAGCGAAGAAGCGGAAGCUGGUACAACUCGUUCAGAAGCAAGUGGUCACCACAUAUCGUUCCAUUCUGGUACCUACAUCCUCAACCCUAGUGCCGACCUCAAAUCGACACAAGCUACCUUUGGCAAACCUCUGGCGACGUUACCACCCACCUGGUCCAGCAUCGAGACACGCGUUCCUACUGAGGCCGAAUUCGAGCAGUCACUCAUCAGUUCCGACUUGCUGUUAUAUUUCGGCCACGGCUCUGGUGCGCAGUAUAUCCGUGGCCGAACGAUCCGAAAAAUGGAAAAGUGCCGAGCCGUAGCUUUGCUUAUGGGUUGUUCCUCCGCCAGCUUAGCGGAUGUGGGAGACUUUGAGAACCACGGACCUGUGUGGAACUACAUGCUCGCUGGUAGCCCUGCCGUCGUCGGGACGCUUUGGGAUGUCACCGAUCGGGAUAUCGAUCGCUAUACUGGCAGAGUUUUUGAAGAAUGGGGGUUGAUGCCCCGAGGCACAUUUGCUGAGGACGGGCCCAACAUCAAGGGCAAAGGCAAGGCGGUGGGGAAGGGGAAGGGAAAGGGUGGCAAUAAGGCUGCCACCGGGAGCGACGAUGAUGUGGACCAAAGGAAGUCUACGAGCUUGGUUGAGGCUGUCACCAAAGCCAGGGAUGCAUGCCUGUUUCGAUACUUGACUGCAGCUGCAGUAGUCGUUUAUGGAAUUCCCGUGUAUAUAAACAAAUAA